CAGCCCCGCCCCCCACAUAGACCACACCGACACCGUGUACGGCCCUGCAGAGCUUGAGCGCGUCAGGCUCCCUCAUCAGCGCUGUUCUGUGCUCCUGGUGCUGCAGCUACAACUCGUGCAAGGCAAGAAUGCCACAGGAACCCGCUUUGACGGAGACAACGGAACCGUAAGAACUCGUUUUGUACGUUCACUUAUAAAAUCACCCCAGUCAUGGCUUUUUCCUUUGCACCUCUCCGGACACGCUGUGUCGUGGCCGUUUUUACAUUUACUGCACUAUGGGGGGUUUCGCUCUCUAUCACCCGGUACUCGGUUCCGGAGGAGAUGGAGGAGGGCUCUUUUGUUGCAAAUCUGGCCACGGAUUUGGGCAUGGAUGUUCGCAGUCUGGUGCAGCGCAGAGCAAAGCUCGAUGUGAUCGGCAGCAAAAAUUACCUCGACAUUAACAAAGAGACGGGAGAGCUGGUGAUCCGCGAGAGGAUGGACAGGGAGAGCAUAUGCACGACCAAAAGCACCUCGUGUUUCCUGAAAAUGGACGUCAUCCUCGAGAACCCCGUCCGCAUUUUUAACAUCGAGCUGGAGAUCAUGGACAUCAACGACAACGCUCCCGUGUUCCGCCGAAAAACCAUGCCCUUGGACAUUUCCGAGGCGACCCCUACCGGCGAGAGGUUUUCACUGACGAACGCUGUGGAUGCAGAUGUGGGGGCCAAUUCCAUCAAGACCUACUAUCUCAGCACGAGCAAAUACUUCAUCAUUGACAUACAAACGGGCAGCGAUGGCUCCAAAUACGUUGAUUUGGUCCUCAGCGGUGAGCUGGACCGGGAGGAGCAGUCAGUUCAUAAUUUGAUCUUGACAGCUGUGGACGGAGGUGUCCCUCCUCGCUCUGGAACAGCCAGUAUCACUAUUAAUGUACUGGACAUCAAUGACAAUGCUCCUCAGUUCAGUCAGCCGGUAUAUGAGGUCAGUGUUCUGGAGAACACAGCUGCGGGGACUGUGGUCAUGACGAUGAGUGCGUUGGACUUGGAUGAAGGCAUAAACGCCCGGUUGACUUACUCUUACACGCUGUACACCUCAGAAAAGACCCAGGAGCUGUUCUCCCUGGACCCUAACACAGGUGAGAUCAAGGUGAAGGGCGUGAUCGACUACGAGGAGAGUCAAAGCUUCGAGAUGUACAUUCAAGCCCAGGACGGAGGGGCAAAUCCGCUGUCGGGACAGUGCAAGGUGAUGGUGUUUGUGAAAGAUUUGAACGACAACUACCCCGAGGUGACCAUCAAGUCUCUGAAAAGUGCACUGAGCGAGGAUGUCCCUGUGGGCACGCUAGUAGCGGUGGUCAGUGUGAGUGACAGGGACUCCGGAGAAAAUGGUGAAGUAGAACUGAGCCUAAAUCAGCAGGCAACCUUACCCUUUGUGUUAAACAAAUCCUCGGAGGAUUACUUCGAGCUUCUGGUGUCAAAGCCACUGGACAGAGAGCUGAGAGGCAAAUAUGAACUCGUUUUCAGGGUGGCAGACAAGGGGUCGCCGGCCUUGUCGGAAAACGAGACCAUCACAUUGGACAUCUUGGACAUUAAUGACAACGCGCCCACUUUUCCUCAGUCGUUUUACACAAUCCACGUCAUGGAGAACAACGUGCCAGGGGCCUUACUGACAUCACUAAGUGCACAUGACCCAGACCUGAAUGAGAAUCAAUACCUGGUGUACUUCAUCAUGGAGAAGGAGAUUGUUAACACAGGUAUGUCAAUGCUGUUCUCUACCAACCCUGAAAACGGUGACCUUUAUGCCCUGAAAACCUUUGACUACGAGCGAGAGAGGGAAUUCCUCUUCCACAUUGAGGCAAGAGAUUCCGGUUUGCCUCCGCUGAGCAGCAACGUCACGGUCCAAAUCAUCAUUCUGGACCAAAAUGACAACGCUCCUCUCAUAGUCUCGCCAUGGCGAGCUCAGGGCUCCGUGGUAGAGGAGGUGAUCCCCAGGUCCACAGAGAAAGGACACUUGGUGACAAAAGUCAUCGCCAUCGAUGCUGAUUCUGAGCAGAACUCCCGCGUCACCUACCAACUCCUGCAAAUCACCGACGCGUCGCUCUUCAGCCUCGAUCAGUACAACGGCGAAAUCCGAACCACAAGGAUGUUCAGUUACAGAGACCCACGACAGCAGCGGCUAGUGGUGGUCGCAAAAGACAACGGUCAACCCUCGCUGUCUGCUACUGUCACUAUAAAGAUAUCAACGGUGGAAAACGUCAUGUCCUUUUCUACAGAGACUACAGAAUUGCCCCUCGAUUAUGACGUCUUCACUGACCUCAACCUGUAUUUAGUGAUAGGUCUAGGAGCGGUGUCCUUUCUGCUGCUGAUAACUAUCCUGGUUAUUAUAGUGCUGAAGUGUCAAAAGCCAAAGCCGAAGGCCAUCAAGAUUCCCCCGGCUAAUAGGAACAGCGUGAUCAGCAGAAACAGUGUGAUCAGCCAACGGAGUUCCACCAUUGCAGAUUCCACCCUCAUCUCCAGUGAUGCCUACUGGUACAGUUUAUUUCUGGCAGAGACCAGAAAAGGCAAAGUGGUUGUGAGACAACCUAUAAUCCCUAAAGGAGCUGGGUAUUUUGUGUCGAGUAUACCCAGGAGCAUAGGGCCGAGUGAGACCACUGACUCCAGAGCGUCCACCCUGGAGUACUCAAAGUGAAAGGAAAGCCAUCCUACAACUGCAGGAACCCAGAAGAGAACUGCCACGAUGGAAUCAUCCCCGCACCACAGUCUCUGGAAAUAACUCCUCUCGAUGACUCACAGAGAAGAAGUAACUUAACUUUCCUCUCCCAACUUGCUCUGCUCCAACGCAACGCAAACUUUUCCCUUUCUUUUCUCCAGUUCCUCUCAUGCCACAAAUUGACCAUCAAUCCGCCUCUUAAUGUUUUCCUGUUUUCUAGCAUGAACCUGCAUGAUUCCAAAUACAAGUAUUUUCGGAUGUCGAACUGAUGGCAAAACAUCUGGACUAAAGUUUCGUUCCAUUGAUGGUAUUUAAGACAUUGGUCCAUGAUAGGGAUUAUGGUAAGUUUUUAUGUCAAUAAAUAAGCUAACACGAUGUCUUUCAAUUACAAACAGAUUUUAACCACAUAACAGAACGUACCUGAGUUUUUAUUUUUAUGUUGCACCAUGAUUGCUUUAAUCAGUAAAUUGAAAAAAAAAACCUAUUGCAGUUCACACAGACUGCCACAGGAGGCGCCAUUGAGUAUUAAGGAAUUCAACUACUAAAGCAGUGGUUUUCAAUCAUUUUCAUAACAGACCCCAACCUUCUCCCCUUUCACCGUCCCACCCACAAAUUGAAAAACAAUUAUGUGUUUCCUUAUCUUUACAAACCACUGUAUGAGUUGCUGCCACCUAGUGACUGGAGGUUUGUUUGUCAUUCAAGCAUUACAGCGGCGUCAUACAGUGUGCCGUAUUUCAUUGGAAGCCUCUCGCGCCCAACCCCUCCUGUCCCCCUCUGCACCUCACCCCCAGGCCCCCCCAGGUGGACACGCCCCACUGUUUGAGAAUGACCGUAUUAAAGAACACAGUGAACCUGCUGCCUCAGUGAGAAAAAAAAGGUGCACAGUUUUGAAUAAUAGACUUCGGAGUGGACUCUUUUGUUAGGUGGUUUAAAAUCUGUUUCUAAUUCACACGGAGAAUCACUGACGUCUCCUGUUUGGGCUGCAAGGUUUUGGGUUUUACCACAGUUAGAGCUGUCCGUGUACAGAAUGUGAUCCCACACUGGGUGGACACCAUGCCUUCUCCAAGAUUCCAUCAAGUGCUGUGUUUAUCAGAGUCAACAAGUAGUUUCAUGUCAUGUUGAAACCCAUCUGAUUACUAAUACAAUACCCCUGAACCAGGUGCAUACAUCCUUUUUCCAUAAACCCAUUUAAUACUGAACAGUAGAUGGUUAUGACAUUAUUUGCACUGGGUGUUUAAUUAAUGCUGCUUCAUUAUUAUUAUUAUUUUAAUAUAUUUUUUUAGUUUAUUACGAGUCCUGCUCGUUUCUCUAGGCUCUUAUUGUCAACUCGUAACUUUGCGAUUUAAAAGAAAUAACAAUAUCAGUGAGGUUUUUAUUAUUAUUAUUAUUAUCAUUAUGGUUCUCAUUAUUUGUUGUACUUAUGCUAAUAAUUGUGUGAAAACAGCAAAAGACGUAAAUGGAAAGUAGGGCAAUUCGACAUGUGAGACAUACCGCCCCCUGUAGGUCUGUCGCUCAGUGACGCGUGGCAGGAGUUGACACCAACUGCCUAUUUUUGUGGAUUGUUUUGGUCAAACUUAUUUAGUUAUUAAGUAAAAAAAAAACUGAAGUUAAGAAUAAAUGACAAAUGUAAUCUUUUUAAUCUUUUUUUUUUUUAGAUAAUAUUAAAAUAGUCUUUGAUAGCAGCCCAUAUAAAAACUCAACCAUCUAUGGCCUGUGCCUGCAGAAUCCACAUGGGUCAGGUAUUAUUUCAAAUUUAAAAAAAAAAAAAAAAAAAUGGGCAUAAAUGUAUUGUUUAUUUCUCACCCUUACAGUUGGAUAUAGUCCUCUUUGCAAUUAUGAACUUUUUUAUUUUAUAAAUAAUCCUAAUAAUCAUUGCACUCUUCAAAAUCUAUAAAUCAAUCAGAAAAUAUAAUAAAAUAUAUAUUACGUUAAAAAGAGAAAGAAAACUAAUGGCAUUUUAUCUUAGGGAGAGUAGAAUAACUACCAGACCAGGAGGUUUUAUUUAUUAUUAUUAUUAUUAAUAUUAAUGUUUUUAUAGAUAUUUGAAGUCAUUUCUUUUUUUUUUAAUGCUGCUUUUGUGAGCUUUUUUCCAGAGCGUUCUGUGUGCCGUGUUUGUAGUUUAGUGCAAACGGUGUUGUUUUUGAUAGUGUGCGGGUAAAAAAAAAAACAAAAGUACUUUUUUUUUUAGUUUUUUGUUUUUUUACCUCAAAGCUAGUGCAUUCUCAUCGCCGAUGAAGUGCACGACCUUCUCAGCAACAUGGACCACCUAAUGGAGGGUGCUAAUUUAAUAAUAAAUGUGGUUUCUUGGGGUCAGGAGAUUGUUAAUAAAAAAAACAAAAACAUUUUUUUUUCUUAUUCUAAAGAGUACUGACACAGCACAUUAAAACAGCGGUGCUUAUCAGGUAGGAAUGCAUUAGAAACUGAUCAGAUGACGGCACUUUGACAUAUGCGCCAAAAGCAAGAGAAGCAUCCCAUCUUUUCAGGUGUAUCUCCUUACGCCUCAUGAGUCAGGGGAAAUCCAACCUCUCUCAUCCUCUCACACAUCAAGUGUGCUGCUCAGAAGCUAACGCGGUAAUAAGGGAUAUUUUCGCUCCGGAGUACAAGGUGUAUACGCAGUCAUUUGCAGAAAUAUGUUCGAUUCCAACAGCGUUAACUGACCACACGUGAAGCGAUCUCCUUGCGUGCCUUCUACAUUGUGAGAGACACUGCAUACAUGACUGUUGACGGAGGGGAAAAAAAAAAAAAAAAAAAAAAAAGAGUGUUUCCUGCGGUAUUGUAUUACGGAUUACAAUUAACUCCCCCUUAAAAACAUACCACCUUAAAAACGGCACUCAGCCUUUUGAUUAUGAAGCAAGUGUUAUUACUGUAAAUGAAACAGCUUUAUACUUUGUGUUUUUUAUACCGUAGACAUUUUUGAUAUCUUCUGUAUUCACUGUGAUCACGAGGCACAGGCGGUUCUUGUGCUUGGUAUUGUUAAAGUGUUAUUUCCUCAUUUGUGCAAAAAUCCAGUUUUCUUUAUCUGCCAGUAUGGAUUAAAUACUAGUCGGCUUCCAGAGUUGCACUCAUCGUUAUCCAACUUAAGACAACGUGGGAGAGAAUGGCCUUGCUUCAUUUUUGAGUCUAGAUAAAUGUCAGACUUUGAUGUUGCUCAUUUGAAAAUGUUCCGCCUGAUCAUAGUUGGAAUAAAAAAAAAAAAAAAUUGAA